AGCAGGCAAGCACAACAAAAACGAUUGUACACUCGCUUUGCCGCAUCCCAGCAAUGUGCGGCUUUGGUUAUUUGCUAAAGUAAAAUCAUUUCCGCUGCUUCGAAACCAAAAUGUGAUCGGAAAACCCGUGUACAGUUGGUUGUAAAUAAAGUGCAAACAUUAUUCUGCGUGCAACGAUAACUUUUAGCUGCUGAACAGUGCAACCGGCAUCUUCUCUGCACACAGAGAGGCACAGAGUGUACGGCGAGGGGAGUGUCGCUGUUCAGAAGAUUUUUUUUUUACCAAAAAAACGCCGGGCAUGUGUUGGAAGAAAAGUGCUUAUUUGAUAAUGUGCCAAACAAAUAUUGCAUUGUGUUAAGUGGUUAAAGAGGAACGUUUGCUAAAAUUCGGUCCGAUGCGCGAUACGCUUGGGAAAUUUACCAAGCAGCGGGAAAAUGUGAUCGCCACACGGGCACGCAACACUUAAAAACAAAAGCACCAUUCAUCAUACAUUUACUAUUCGACGAAGCCAAGUAUCAGUUCCUGUAGCGUACGGUCACACGAUCAAAAAUGUGGCACGAAGCGCGCAAACAGGAGAAGAAGAUCCGCGGCAUGCUGGUCGACUAUCGGAAGCGGGCCGAACGGAGGCAGGACUUCUACGAGCGUAUCAAAGCCGACCCGACACAGUUCCUUCAAGUGCACGGACGCAAAUGCAAAAUACACCUGGAUGCGAGCGUCGCGACAGCUGCGGAGAAUCCGGCAAUCAUGAUGCCUUGGCAGGGACAGAAGGACAAUCUGAUCGAUCGGUUCGAUGUGCGUGCCCAUCUGGAUUACAUACCGCCGGUGCCGCGCACCAAUCCGCCCGACCAGCCGGACGCGCCCGACGUGGACGAUGCGGACGAGCGUGCGAUGAACUACGAGCGGUACCGGGUGCUGGCGCAGAACGAAUUUCUCGGCAUUGUGGAGGAAAAGUAUCUCCACCAGCUCUACCUCGAGGAACAGUUCGGCGUGAAUGCCCAGAUCGAGGCGGAAACGAAGGCGGCGGCUGCGGCCGCCAAAAAGAAAUCGUCCGCCGGUGCCGCGAUCGGCUACACGUACGAAGAGACGGAAACGCUGCCGGGUGGUUCGGGCCCCGGGGGCGUUGGAACGGUCAGCAUCCCAUUCUCGCAGUCGCUGACGGCGAUCGAGAAGGCAUCGGAAGCAUCGGCCACCCCACUGUCGGGCACGGGGACCGGGGGACCGGCGGGGGCGGCGGCGGCGGCCCGGUUCGACGAGUGCAUGAAGGACGAUUCCGACUCGGACCUCGACAUGGACGUGUCGAUCGACAUUAACAAGAUCGGCACGAAUCAGGCGCACGAGCUGAACACGUGCGGCCGGCAGUACGGUAUGAAGAGCAACGACUUUUACUCCUUCCUCACGAAGGAUGCGGACGAGGCGGACGCACUGCGGAUGGCCCGGGAGGAGGAGCAGGAGAAGAUCAUGUUCAGUGGGCGCAAAAGUAGGCGCGAGCGGCGGGCCCAGCGGGAGCGGAAGGUAGCGGGCCGGCCGCUUAGCCCGCCGAGCUACGCGGCGAAGGAGGAGCUGGUGCCGCGCACGUUCGUGGAAGCGAACGACAGCUCCCGGUCGCCGUCGCCGGUCAACUCGGGCAAGAUCACGUACAUUACCUCGUUCGGUGGGGAGGAGGAGCUGCAGCCGCACGGGAAGAUUUCGUUCGGGUUUGCGCGGGACAUGAGCACGCUGGGCGGCAUUGCGGGUACGUCGAAGGCGGCGGCCCGGCUGCGCGCCGGCGCCAGCGGUCCGGAAGGCUCGACCAGUACGCUCAGCUACGCGGACAAGGUGAAGCAAAACCUGGAGAAGCUGAAGACGCAGGCCCAGUCGAAGGAAAGCGACCGCAAGCCACCGGUCCAGUAUCAGCGGGCGGCGGCGGCAGCUGCGGCCAGUGGCGGUCGUGGCAGGGGUAGCCGCAGUAGUAGCGGCAGCCGCAGCAGCCGAAGCAGUCGGGGCAGAAGUCGCGGACGGCGCCGUCGGUCCUCGAGCAGCAGCCGUAGCAGGAGUCGGGAGCGCAGCCGCAGCAAAAGCCGAAGGCGCUUGCGGGGCACCGCCGUGGGAAGGAGUCGGUCCCGGUCGCGAUCGAGAAGUGGCGGACGGAGUGGAGCGGGUGGCCGCUCGACCUAUUCGCGCUACCGACGCCGCUCGAAAACGAAGUCACGAUCGCGCUCCCGGUCACACUCGCGCACACGCGCGAAAGCGUCCCGUCGGAGCCCUCGGCGUCGCUAUCCUGCUGGUGGUGGCCAGUCAUCAUCAACGCGGCGCCGUACAGCACGGUCAUCCUCUUCCUCAUCGUCCUCCUCCUCUUCUACCUCAUCACGUUCGCGAUCACGGUCCCGAACGCCGCCGGUACACCGGGCGCAACCGUCGCGUACAAAACUCCGUACGGGUGAAUCACAGGACAGUGAUGGGUCACGGGCAGCAACAGCAGCAGCUGCCAAACAACCGGCCGUGCCAGUCGUCGGCACGCAUGAAAAGCUACCUCUCGUUGUGCCACACACACUACUCGGUGUACUUCCGCCGCCUCCGCCACCACCACCGCCGGUCGCGGUUGAGGCAGCGGUGGACGAAAAGAAACCCCUGCCAACGCUGGCACUGAUCGAACCCGAGCCGGAAGUGCCCAUCAAACGGUACUACGGACGCAGGCGGGGCGACGAAAGCUCGAGCGACGACGCGAGCACGUCCGGCGACGAUACGAACGGGGACGGUGAUCGUAAACCGGCCGUCACACUGCCACCGGCUUUGCCGACGCCGGAACUAGCCACGGGAGCGGACGAUAGCCAGCCGGGAGCCGGCACCAUUAAACCCGCUGGUGAGAUGGUACUAAAGAUCAAGCAGGAAAAGCUGGAAAACCCUGCGAUCGAGCAGCAGCCCGUCGUCGGCCCGACCGUGGGCGUUGGCGGCAGUGGUAGCGCAUCGUUAAGGUUUGGUAAAACGGUUACUGGUGGAACCAGCGCGCCCGAAUCCAAAGUCGGGAUAGGGGCUAGCGGCAUCGCCAGUACCGGGGCCAGCUCGAAGUCAGUAAACCCGCGCGAUCGUCUCAAGCGCAAGAUGCAGAUCCUGCUGAACAAACAAUACAAAGCGGACAAGAAGGCCGAGAUCGAGAAGGUGGAGCGCCAGAUACAGCAGCAGCAGGAACGUGACGACGAGAUGCGCGAACUGGCGCUGAAGCUGAGGCGCCGGCAACGUGAGCUGCGUCACAAGUACGGCACGCCGGAGAGCGAACACAGCAAAUCGCACAGCUCGGAAGAGCGCAGCUCGGACGAAGGUGACGAGGCGGGCGGUAAGCAGCAGCAGCAGCAGGCGUCACGGCUACAUCGGUUUGGUCAGCUGCAACCAUCCGGUGGUGAUGGGGACGGUUCCUCGUCACCCCGUCGACUCCCGUUACUAGUGCCACCGUUAACGUCGCUUCCACCACCGAAGGUGUCGCUUCAUUCCCGGCCACCACCCGCACUGCCGGCGGGAGGGGGCGGUCCACCGAUGGGUUCCGGUGGUGGUGGUGGUGGUGGUGGAGCAGGAUAUAGGAACAGUGUCGUUAUCGAACGAAAGCCGGUACUACGCAGUGCGUCUAACUUUGGUGCACAGUCAGCGGGUUCCGAGCACCAGUCGGGUUCGUACGGUGGCGAUAGUGGUCGGUUGCGACGUCGCGAAUCUCCCGCCCCGGGUGGUGGGGGCAUCUCGUCCUCGAGAGGGUACGGGGGUGGUGGUGGCGGCGGCAUGUCAUCCCCCUCGAUGAAUCUUCGCCGAGGCGGAGCAAUGACGGGCGCUGGUCGUUUCGAUGAUCGUAAUCGUCGAAGAUCGCCGCCAUCGCGCUACGAUCGGUCACGGUCGAAAUCGAGGGAACGGUUAGGUUCGCGCGAUGCGGGACAAAAUGCGGCUGGCAGAGGCAGCCGUCGUACGGACUAUGGGCGUACGAGAGGCGACUAUGAGCGCUACCAGAGCGGUUACGGAGGCAGUGGCCAUGGGCAGCAACAGUCGUCCGGUAGUUACGGUGGUGGUGGUGGUGGUGGGAGUCGCUACCGUGGCCGAAGAUCGCGUUCCAGUUCACGCGGUCGUCGCUCGCGGUCGAACGAACGGCCCACCACCAGGGGGAAUGGCGGCGGUGGAAGCGGAUCUGGGGCGGUGACAUCCAGCCGGCAGUCGAAUCGGUCACCGAAGCCGAUCAAGAAGCUGGUGGACUACUGACAUUCGCCUUGUCGAUCCUUUGCAGCUCACCCAAAUCUACGGUGGGCUUUGUUUUCUUUAUACGUUUUAACCUCUUUUCCGUUCCUACUUCUUACAAAUCUUGUAACGUCUUACCUCAUCAUUACAACGCACUACCGCAGCAAGGGUCGAAUGGGUAGUGUCAAACUGACAUUGGGUUUGCUCCAAUCUGGUAACUCUUUAUACUAUCCUUAUGCAAAUUUGAUGCACCCAAGGUAUACAGUUUAUUCUUAUGCUCUUAGUGGCUCUGGAACUUGUUGUAAGUCAAACUGGUUUCCGGGACACACACACACUCACAGCAAUGUGGUCCAUAUUCUGCCAUUAGGUUUGCAAACCCCUGAGCCUGAAGAGCCGACUAAUGUUUACUUCGUUCUAAUCUUACCGCUAAUAAUAUCAUCAUCGUACUAUCUGCGUACGAUUGUUAUCACCUCUACAACACAACAUAAACACCUCCUUUACCUACAUACCAAUAGACGAUUCAGGUUUACCGUUUACAAUAAGCUUUCGCGCGCUCUCGUUGGAGCUUUUGUUUGAGGGGGGGGGGGGGGGGGGGGUUUAAAGGGUUUGGGGAAGAAGCAGUUCCUACCGAUGGAGAUUGUUUUUCGUUUUGUCAAUGAAUAAGAGCAACUGCACAUUUUGCAACCAUUACACACAGUACUUCACUUCACCGGACAGACAGAAGAGAAUACAGAAGAAGGGUUAUUAAAAGCAAA